GCUGUGGAUUGAGACAAUGACGAAUGUUGAUGCCUCGGCGCCUGAGAAGCUUGCCGCGUCGCGUUCAGAGUCCAAAACCACUUCGAGAUACCAUUCAUCCCCCUUCUCCAUCGGUUCCAUCACGCUAUUCGGGUAUUCAAUCUCUCCCAUUGAGCCCCAUCAUCAACCUACUCUGCUCCCUCCCAGUUGGACUUCACUGGCGAUACAACAAAAUGCCGGUGAUUCCCAUUGCCCCUCGAGCUCAAUUGCUCCUCCGAGCAAGAUCACCACCACCUGCAACCUCCUUGUCCAGCCUCACUGUCUUCCUCCGCCAUCGACAACAACCGCUAGACCAACAUCCCAAGUACCAGGACUUCUCCACCACCUCCACCACCCUCGCCAAAUCUCACGCCCGUCCUCCAUCCUCUCAAUCCGCCACCUCCCCUCCGUCCUCCCGCUCCUCCACCGCCACCCAGACCCUUGCAACAGACAUCAAUCCCCCGGCGAGCACCCGUCCAGCAGACCUCCUCCUCCCCUCCGCCCUGAGCUCUUCCCCCUCCUCCUCUUCCUCCACUUCCUCCGCCACUUCGCCCGCCGAGAAAUUCAAAUACUACAUCGCCAUCGGCCGCGCCUACCUGACCUUCUACAAAACCGGUCUCAAGAAUGUCUACCACAACUACCGCGCCGCGGUGCCCCUCCGCCGAAGCCUGGGGUUGUCAGCCUAUCUCCCCACCUCCCCAUCGCUACCACCAGCGAUUAAAGAUCAGCUGAAGGCGACGACGACGACGACGACGACGACGAAAACAGGAUCGUCAUCAGUCAAUGGCGACCACCACCACACCACCACCAACAACAAAAAAUCAGUUGUCAUCUCGCGCUCGACCUUCCAGCUCCUCCACCGCUCCGCCUACGAUAUCCGCCGCAUGAUCCCCUUCACCCUGCUUCUGAUUGUCUGUGGCGAAUUCACCCCUCUCGUGGCCCUGGCGCUGGGAAAUGCCGUCACCCCGCGCACGUGUCGGGUACCCAAGCAGCUGGAGAAGGAGCGCGGGAAGCGCAUGCAGCGGAAGAAGAUGGCGCUGCUGGGCCGCGGGACGGUGACGGCGCCCACGGUGGGCAGUGCGGAGGAGAUGAGCGCUCUGCGGUUGUUGAUCAGCAGGAGCAUGGCCCAGGAUCGGGAGGCAGUGGCCCGAGCGUGUGCGGUGUUCGGGUUGGCAAGGUCGCAUGAGGCUCCGGCGUGGGCGGUGCCCUUGGUGUACCAGAGGCGCUUGGAGCGGUAUCUGGAGUAUUUGGCGAUAGAUGACGAGUUGAUCCGGCGAGGUGGCGGGGUCAAGGCCAUGGAAGCGGCCGAGGUCCGCAUUGCGGUGGAGGAACGCGGCGGGGUUGGCGUGGGUUUCUCGGAGGUGGGAAGAGACGGGUGGGAGGUGGAAAGGGAAGAGAGACGGUGGUUGGAGAAGUGGCUGCAAAAGAGGUGAGGGGGGUCCUGGAGUCAUGAGAUCUUUCCAGGCUCCGGUACUACAUGUGUAGCAUAGUAUGCGUAUCGAGUACAUGUUCCAUUGGGAUCUACAGCCAGUCGAUCCACAGAACCGUCGAAAUAUGUGCAG